AUGGCGCAAAACAUCAACUCAGCAAUCGAUCCGAGGAGCGGCUUUUGCAGGUCCAACUCAACCUUCUACAGCAAACGCAAGCCUAUUUCUCUCGCGAAGAACGAUUCCCUCGAUGUCACCACGUUCAUCUCUUCUCGUGCCCACCACGGUAAAGUUGCCUUCAUCGACGCCGGUACCGGUCGCCAACUCACUUUUUCGGAACUUUGGCGAGCGGUUGACUCGGUUGCCACGUGUCUUUCCGACAUGGGAAUCCGGAAAGGCCACGUCGUCCUGCUACUUUCACCAAACUCCAUCUAUUUCCCCGUCGUUUGCCUCUCAGUUAUGUCUCUCGGCGCUAUUAUAACCACCACCAACCCCCUCAACACGGCUGCUGAAAUCGGAAAGCAAAUCGCCGAUUCAAAGCCCGUUCUCGGCUUUACUAUUCCCCAACUCCUCCCUAAACUAGCCGGGUCCACCAUUCCCAUCGUGCUUCUAGAUGAUCACGCGAUCAGUAACGCUGGCCAGGCGAAGAUUGUAACAACUUUACAUCAGAUGAUGAAGACGGAACCGAGUGGGAGUCGAGUCAGGGACCGAGUCAACCAGGAUGACACGGCGACUCUGCUUUAUUCGUCUGGUACAACCGGUGCGAGCAAGGGAGUGGUUUCGUCUCAUAGAAAUCUGAUAGCGAUGGUACAAACAGUGCUAAACAGGUUCAGUCUACAAGAGGAAGAAAGGUUUAUCUGCACCGUUCCUAUGUUUCACAUCUAUGGCUUAGUAGCGUUUGCCACUGGGCUGCUGGCGUCGGGAUCAACGGUCAUAGUUUUAUCGAAGUUCGAGAUGCACGACAUGCUAUCAACGAUCGAGAAGUACCGGGCCACCUACCUCCCUCUCGUGCCGCCAAUACUCGUCGCGAUGGUGAACGCCGCGGAUCAGAUACGGAAAAAGUAUGAUUUGAGUUCGUUGCAUUCAGCGCUGUCGGGUGGUGCUCCGCUGAGUAAGGAAGUGACUGAGGGGUUUCUGGACAAGUAUCCAACCGUAAAAAUUCUUCAAGGGUAUGGAUUGACAGAGUCGACUGGGAUUGGUGCGUCAACGGACUCGUUGGAGGAGAGUCGCAAGUAUGGCACGGCGGGGAUGUUGUCGCCAAGCAUGGAGGCUAAAAUUGUGGACCCGGAUAGCGGUAAGGCUUUGACGGUGAAUCGAACGGGUGAGCUUUGGCUUAGGGGUCCCUCCAUCAUGAAAGGCUAUUUCAGUAAUCCAGAAGCAACGGCAUCAACUCUUGAUUCAGAGGGAUGGCUGAAGACUGGAGAUAUAUGCUAUAUAGAUGACGAUGGUUUCAUUUUUGUAGUUGACAGAUUGAAGGAGCUGAUUAAGUACAAGGGCUAUCAGGUUCCUCCUGCAGAACUUGAGGCAUUGCUCCUUACCCACCCUGAAAUUUUAGAUGCUGCGGUUAUACCUUUUCCUGAUAAGGAAGUUGGGCAGUUUCCAAUGGCAUAUGUGGUUAGAAAAGCCGGAUGCAAUUUAUCAGAGACUGCAGUCAUGGAUUUUGUAGCCAGACAGGUUGCCCCAUACAAAAGAAUCCGGAAAGUGGCAUUCGUAGCUGCAAUACCCAAGAAUCCAUCUGGCAAGAUUCUGAGGAAGGAUCUAAUAAAGCUCGCAACCUCCAAACUAUGAGCGGUUCUGGUUUAGCCUUGCGUCUGGACACAGUCAAAGAACGGUAGGAUCGAUGGUUCUGUUAGCAUAAUAUUCCAAUUAAUAGCCAGCUUUGUGCUGUAAUGGAAUUUCUUUACUUGUUUAUCAGAACUGAGUUAAGACAAUAAGAGCUAUGCCAUUAUCUUGUAAGAUCUUUGAUCAUUUAUCUAUGUCCUAUAUUAUAGCUUAUGUACAGCAGGAUUUAAAUCGAAAUAAUAACAAAAUUAAUUGAAUUUGGUUAAUUAAA